AUGACCACAGAGAAUGUAAUGAAGCCCUAUGAGUGUAAGGAGUGUGGCAGACUCUUUAGAUAUCACACAGCCCUUGGAGUCCAUAUGAGGGCACACACUGGGGAUAGACCCUACGAAUGUAAGGAGUGUGGGAAAACUUACGUGAAGUCUGAACAUUUUAAACGCCACAUGAUCACCCACAGUACCGUGAAACCCUAUGAAUGUAACCGGUGUGGCAGAUCCUUCCGGGAUUACACAAACCUGCGCGUCCAUAUGAGGACGCACACUGGGGAAAGACCCUAUGAAUGUCAGCAGUGUGGGAAGACCUUCAGAUAUCUUGGAAAUCUGCGGGAACAUUCGACAACACACACUGGGGAGAGACCGUAUGAAUGUCAGCAGUGUGGGAAGACCUUCAGGUAUAACUCAUGCCUGCGAGAACACAUGUGGAAGCACACUGGAGAGAGACCCUAUCAGUGUCAGCACUGUGGAAAAGCCUUCAUUCGUCACCACACUCUUGUAGUACAUACUGUGAGAUGGCACACCGAGGGUGGACACUUGGAAUGUAAGGAGUGUGGUGAAACUUUCAGAAAGCAUCGAGCUUUCGAACGUCACAUGGGCACACAUGGUAUCCUGAAACCCUAUGAAUGUAAGGAGUGUGGAAGAGCCUUCAGGUGCCACAGAGACCUACAGGUACAUACGAGGAUACACACUGGGGAAAGACCUUUCAAAUGUGAGCUGUGUGGGAAAGCCUUUAAGUCUCCUGCAAACCUUCGAGCACAUAUGAGGACACACAAUGAUGAAAGCCCCCGCAUAUGUCAGCAGUGCGGGAAAAUCUUCUCGACUCCUGGACGCCUGCAAGUACAUAGGAGGACACACACUGGGGAAAGACCCUGUAAAUGUGAGCAGUGUGGGAAAGCCUUCACUUCUCCUGGAAACCUACGAGCUCAUAUGAGGACACACAGUGGGGAAAGACCCUGUAAAUGCCAGCAGUGUGGGAAAGCCUUCAACAGUGAUGCGUCCUUGCGGGUACAUAUGAGGACACACACUAGGAAGAGACCCUAUGAAUGUCACCACUGUGGCAAAGCCUUCAGGAGUCCAUCGCACCUGGAAGCACACACACGGACACACACUGGGGAGAGACCUUUUAAGUGUACAGAGUGUGGGAAAGCGUUCAGUCGGCCUCAGUGUUUUCAAGAUCAUUUGAAAACGCACAACACAGUUAAAUCCUAUGAAUGCAAGGAGUGUGGGAAAGCAUACAAGUUUCCCUCAUCCCUUCGAGGGCAUAUGAAGAAACACACUGGGGAGAGAACUUCACUGGUCAUGACUCCCUUCAGGAACACAUGAGGAAUCACAGUGGACGGUGACCUUUUGUGAAUCUACGGUCUCUGGUAAGACAUUCUAGUAUCACACAGAACUGCAAGUAUCUGUGAUGACACUCACUAGACGGGAAUUGUGUGAAUGUCUACGCUGUGGGAAAGCCUUCAGGUGUCCCUCUAAUCUUUGGGGAUGCUUGUGAGAGCACAGUGAUGUGAAACCCUGUGAAGUUAAGAACCAUGGAACAACCUUCCAGUAUUUCCUCAAUCUGGGAGUACAGACACUGCGGGAAAGCAUUUAAUC